GGCUACGUAUGUAAACAGCGCAGAAGCCCCGCGAAUAAUGACGCCUGUGUGGUUGCCUGUUAUUAAGUAAACGAUCGAGUAAAGUAAACGCGAUUUUUUGCCCCCCAUUGUUGGAUAUUUAGACUUUAUUCAGUGACGCUGACUUUCAAGUCUGAACGCAGCUGUUUUUCUCUGGUGAACUUUAUAAUUCCUGACGCAUUUAAAGUGCCGGUGGACGUUACUGUCGGUCGACAGCACGGACUUGUGCCGCUAAAACAGUUCCGAUAAAUAACUUGCCACCUCGAGCGAGCUUAUAGCUCUUACAUUCAUUUAAAGAAGACAUUUCAACACCGAAGACAUGAAUAGGCGAGAAGGUGAAGCGUGUCCCCGCAGAAACGCUGACGCAGCGCUGGACCGAGAUGCUGGCGCCGCCUCAUCCUCGCCGGUCGUUGCUGCUUUCAAAGUUUUCCAGCAGGAGCUCGACACCAAACACGACAAACACGAGCGUCUUGUUAAGAUCAGCCGAGACGUCACCAUCGAAAGCAAGAGGACCAUUUUUCUUUUACAUCGAGUGACCAGUGUACCAAAUGCAGAGGAUAUUCUGAAAGAAGCAGAGGUGAAGCUGGAUGCAGUCAGGCAGAAAAUUGGUCAAAUUGCUGAAGAACUCCGAGGAGAGGAUCUCUUUCAGUUUCACAGAGCGUUCACACCAGGAAUCCAGGAGUAUGUGGAGGCCGUCUCUUUCCUGCACUACAUCCGCCAUCGCGGCCUCAUCAGCCUGGAGGAGAUCAACGCCAGACUGGUUUUCAGCACCGCUGAGAAGGUAGAUCCCGAGGGCACAGCCGAGGAGCCGCAGACGGCAGGUCCUGCCCUGACCUUUCAGGUGACCCCCUCCGACUACCUGCUGGGCGUGGCCGACCUGACCGGGGAGCUGAUGCGCAUGUGCAUCAGCAGCGUGGGCAACGGCGACAUCGACACGCCGUUCCAGCUGAGCCAGUUCCUGCGGCAGAUCCACGACGGCUUCUCUUACAUCGGGAACACGGGCCCGUACGAGGUGUCCAAGAAGCUGCACACGCUGCGACAGAGCCUGGGCAAAGUGGAGGACGCCUGCUACGCCCUGCGCGUCCGCGGCUCGGAAAUCCCCAAACACAUGCUGGCCGACGUGUUCUCCAGCAGGACGGCGCUGCCCGACCCCGAGGAAGGCGUGGUUUGAGUGCCGCGCGGCCUCCGCGACGUUCGCCCGCUCCUUGGCGUGAUGGGUUCAGUUGCUCCCCGGGUUGAUGUUUUGUACGUACUUUUAAUGGGGUUUGAUGGAUGUUUGGUAUCGUUUGUGACCUGCUUGUUAAUUCUGUUUUUACUGCUCAAAUAAAAACAGUGUUCCAAUAGACAA